GAAGUUAGCUGGGGAAAAUGGCGGCGGCGAAAAAAAGCGUCCUCUCUUCCUUAGCGGUUUACGCAGAAGAUUCUGAGCCCGAAUCGGAUAGUGAAGCCGGCGGAGCGGGCAGCGAGCGAGCAGCAGGGACGGAAGAAAAAGGAGGACUGGUGUCUGAAGGUUAUGGAGAGGAUGACUUCAGUAAAAUGGAGGGAGAGGAGGAUGGUUAUGAUGACGAUGAUGAUGAAAACAGUAGGCAGUCGGAAGAUGACGAUUCAGAGACUGAAAAACCUGAGGCUGAUGACCUAAAGGACUUUUCAGAACUGGAGAAGAGAGAUCCCCAGGAACUAGUUGCUUCCUUUUCUGAGCGAGUAAGAAACAUGUCACCUGAUGAGAUCAAAAUCCCCCCCGAACCCCCAGGCAGAUGUUCCAACCACUUACAGGACAAGAUACAAAAGUUGUAUGAGAGAAAGAUAAAAGAAGGCAUGGACAUGAACUAUAUCAUUCAAAGGAAGAAAGAGUUCCGCAACCCCAGCAUCUAUGAGAAGCUGAUCCAAUUUUGUGCGAUCGAUGAACUUGGCACAAAUUACCCCAAGGAUAUGUUUGAUCCUCAUGGGUGGUCUGAAGAUUCCUAUUACGAGGCACUAGCAAAAGCACAGAAAAUUGAAAUGGACAAGCUGGAAAAGGCCAAGAAGGAACGAACUAAGAUUGAGUUUGUAACAGGCACUAAAAAGGGGACAACAAAUGCUCCCUCUACAACCACUACAACAGCCAACACAGCAGGUGGAGAUGCACAGAAGAGGAAAAGCAAGUGGGAUUCUGCCAUUCCUGUGACGACAAUCGCUCAGCCCACCAUUCUCACGACCACUGCAACGCUGCCGGCUGUUGUAACUGUUACCACCAGUGCAAGUGGCUCCAAAACAACAGUGAUCUCUGCAGUUGGCACCAUAGUGAAAAAGGCAAAGCAGUGACAAGGAGAGACUUGACUGACUGGAGUUUUUUCUCCAAUGUGCCAAAAGCACCACCACUGGAAAUAAAGGAGGGAUACUCUCCUGGUGCAAAAAAAUUAAAGACUGUUUAAAAAUGGACAUGAGAAGGAGGAAAUUGGCUGUGCAUAUUCAUAACAGAGCUCUACUUAGGAAGAAGCUCUUGGUCUUUGUUGGUUGAGCUGUCCCUUACUCUGUUAUGUGCAAUGCAGUGUCUGUGUGUGUGAACAUUACUUUAUUAAACGUUGUAUUAUAUCUGCCACCAUAUUGGGAUCCUUCAACUCUGCAAAAUGAGUGCUUUAAAAGAAAGAGAGACUGUAUUGAAGUCAAUCGGUUGCAUCCUGGACCAUUCAACUUUUUAAUUCUCCAGAGAAUUAUAGGCAAGAGUAACUUAUUCAUUUUCCCUGCAAAGAAAUCAUAAGAGGCGUAAGAGUGGAUUAUAUAUAGAUUUGGUUUCAUGCAAGUUAUCAUAUAGACUUCUGUGAGUUGUCCCUGUGUAACCAGUUUAGUUUUAAUUUCAGAGAUCAAGGGCUGAAAAGUUGAAAUUUGGGAGAUGAAACUGAAAAUCAAUACUGAAGAUUUUGCCUAGCUGUUGGGAACAGCUGGACUCUACUGAUGAGAGGGCAUUUGUGUAAGAGAAGGGAGUAGCAAAUGGGGUUUGUAUAGAGUGAUUCUCCACCAGAGCUUUAUAUGCCCAUUUUAAAUGUCUGUGUACGGAUAUGUGAUUGUGACAUAGGUACUCAACUACAUAAACUUUACUGGAAUGUUUUCAAAGCAUGCCAUCAUCCUUCACUGCUGAUAUUUUUCUGCCUUCUAUUCCAGCUCUUAGAAAUGUCCUUGUCAGUUGUAUGGUUAACUUAAUAGAAUCCAGAGAAUUUUUGAUUUCAUUAAGAGCAUAUAAAUCAUUUCUGGAGGAAGCACUAGGGAUGAAAGCCUCUGCAAUACUUUCCCCAUUCCAACAGGAAUUAUAAUCAUGGUGAUGAUUCUUGUAGUCUUGUUUCAAUUAUUCGAGGCUUAGAGUCAAACGCACAUGCAUUUUAUGGGCAAUUGACAACUGGAAACUCAGAAUGGUGGUAGGUAACACUAUAGUAACUGACAUCUACAAAUUGUUUUUUCCAUGUCACCUAAGAAUACAGAAUCUCCUACCAUAUGUUACACUGAAGGGGAAAAUGUUACCUAAUGACCAAGACUGGCUUCAUGCAACUUUUACCUAGUUAAUUAACUAGUGACUUGGUUUAUAAAUAGCUACCGAUCUGUGGGUCAUGUAUAGGAUCUUAAACCAUGGUUUGAUCUUGGUUAGUGAAUGGACACUAAACCAGGGUUUUUCCCAUUUUGGGUGUAAUGAGAAGUUCCGGUUUAAACAGAACGGGACUGAAACGCUGAAGCUGGCAUGUGAAGGAGGAGCUGAGAAGAAUGCUGUGAUGAAUUCAAAAAGGUGACAGGUUUCUAGAUUUGUGUUCAAACUUUAGUUCUCAUUUCUCUACUGUUCAUUGUGUGGCAUCACAGAUGGCACACAGGUUGUCAUCUCUUCUCUUUGUAUUACCAUGAAAGAACCCCCCUGCAAUGAUGAUAACCUUCAAGCAUUCUGAUCCAAGACACGUCGUGAACCCGUUUGAUCACAGAAAAGGGGGUCAGGACUGCUUGAAAAAAAGGUCAGUGCAUAAAACUGUCACAGAAAGGGUGAUGUAUGCUGGGAGUCCCAAUACUGCAAUGUGCUCUAAGUGAAGCUACCCACGGGGACUGCGAAAAGCUUCAAGUGGUCAGAAGGCAACCCUUCAUAGACUUGUGGGGAUAAUAUGAGGUGUGAGCACAUUCAGCCUGUACUGUAGUAAUAGCACCAUCCUCCUGUUUCUGUCCAGGCAUAGUUCAAGCUGCCGGCUUUAUCAUAUAAAGGCCUAUUUCCUGUUCCAAUACUGUUUUCAAAGUGUGCCUUAAUCUUUUGCUGCUGCUUGAUCUGGGGUGGAGUUGAAUUUUUUAAAUUGGUUUUAGCAUACUGUGGAUUUAUGAUAACUUUGUAAGUUGCUUUGAACUAAGGGAGAAAGUUUGGCAUAAGCUAUUUAAAAAAUAUUUAAACAAU